AUGUCGGUGCUUCGGGAGAAACAGCUCGAGUUCAGUGGACUGGUCAACAACAAUCACAAAGAACGAACCUACGCGAAAAUCAGCUCACCGGCAUCUGACUCAGAAAGACUCAAGCGCCAAGUGUCACAGACAAUCAUAUUGCCAUUGCAUUUCCUUAUUCAGGCCAAAUCUGACUGUUCUAGCCAAGGUAGAGAACGGAUCAUUAUUUUAGUUUCCUGCUUGCAAAACUACACCAUUAAGUUGAAGGAAAUCGCCGUCUUGCAGCGUUGGUCGCUUGACGCAAAAAUGUGCCUUUGCCACCCUGCUGAGAGCCUGCAAAUCGUCAACACAGAGAAGCGACAUCUGGAUGUCCUGGUGCGACCUGAGUCCAGAAAUCUGGAUCGGAUGAAGCGACAGCAUGCGCAGGAAAUCACUGGCUAUGAAGAUGGAGUUGCGUUAUUGCGCAUCGACAUCGGCUUUCGGAGUGCAGCCAAACGUCAACCAGCUUGCGGUGGGCGAUAUAACGACAGAGGUAUAGACACGCGCUUUAGUCGUCCAUCAACGUGGAUCCAGCAAAAAUUGGCUCUUGUUCCGAAGGCGUUUGUUCAGUACUUGGCCCACAUAGAACUGCUCGAAAAUGCGGCCUAG